ACGUGCCGAGAGUCUAUAGGCUCCAUAGGUAAUGAACAUUUCUCUGUGGGCUUCGCUGUUUCACCCAACAACCCACUGAAAAUUUGCAGAGUAAGGGAUUUAUGGUUGUGGCAGCGUGCAUGAUCAGGCGGCCCAAUUCAGUCUGGUGCAGGCCUCGUUCGGCUUUGGACCUUCUACACAACACUUGCCACUUUGCACGGCAAAGGGAGGCCAUCAUCACAAAUCUUCAAACUUCUGCGCGCGGCAGACGGGUGCUAAAUUUGUGAACGCGUUCUUCGGAUCCCAGUGGUUCCCAGUUUCCAGGCGGUGGCUGUCAGGCAAGCAGGAUGGACAGCAUCAGCAACAUCGGAAUCAAUGCGUACGAAGCUGCACCGCGUGGUGCAUCCUUGCGGAUGCUACGCAACGGAGGUGCAGAUCGUCUCGGCACAAUGGCAAGACUUCGGUUUUGGUUCUCGAUCAUCGUAGACAUUUUGACUUUCCUGGUACUGCUGGUUCCGAUUCUGCUCGGUUACGUGGGGCGGUUGUUCGUGUCCAAGCCGAAGAAAAAAAUCGAAGGCCAACUGGCGCUGGUCACUGGCGGUGCGAACGGACUCGGGCGGGAAAUUUGUCUGCAGCUGGCACAACAGGGCUGUCACGUAGCCGUGGCCGAUUUGGACGUGACAAACGGCGAGAAAACGGCAGAAGAUGUGCGAAGGAUGGGCGUAGAAUCCAAAUGUUUCAAGGCUGACAUCUCCGAGUACGAAUCGGUGGUGGAAUUGAAACGGCAGGUUGAAAACAGCCUGGGCCAUGUUGACAUUUUGGUUAACAACGCUGGAGUGCUUCCACUGAUGUCGGUUCGCGAGGGAAAACCGGAAGAUCUGAAGAAAGUGCUGGAAAUCAAUCUGCUGUCGAACUUUUGGACUAUCAGAGUUUUCGUCGAGGGUAUGGUAGUCCGACGAAAGGGUCACAUUGUAUGCAUCGCUUCUGCCACCUCUUUUCUGCCGCUCGGUCGUUUGUGCAGCUACGUGGCUUCCAAGUACGGUGUCCGCGGUCUAAUGGAAGCGUUCAACGACGAGCUGUACUUCGACGGGCUUCAAGACGACAUUCACACCACCACAGUUUAUCCAACGUUCAUGAACACCCGGAUGGAUGUAAUCAAUACGCUGGACAGAAUAAAUAUUCUGGGAAGAGUUCCAUUCAUUUCCGCUAAAACUAUGGCACGCGGUACGGUCAAUGCGAUGCUGCGAAAUCAGCAACAUGUAUUUGUUCCGAAGUGGAUAGGACCCAUGCUGAUCCGUUACGAGCACGUUCCCAACGAAAUCCGAAGACUGGCCCGAAGAAUUAUGCUCAAGACUGAUUUACCGAAACUGAUGAACUAGAAACAGAAAUGGACAUUGGCUGCGAUUAGUUACCGAUUUUAUUACACUGUUACGUGUUGGGGAUUUUUUGUUUUGUAAAUUUACAACUUUCAGUUCUGUUUCACAAUAAAAUUUUGAAUACACCUAAUCCUGGCAUUGUCUUUCCAUAGCGGCGUAAUUUCUGGGGAUGAAUCUUUCCAUAACAAAUACUUCGUUGAGCCUUUAAAUUUGAGAGCCAUUUAAUACAAAUUUCCUGAAAUUCAUUCCAUUCCGCAGACAAUCAGAGCUUUCGUCGAUGGUAUGAUAAGCCGGCAACGGGGUCAUAUUGUAGCCAUCGCGUCAGUAGGAUGUAAGUAUUAAUUCUGAGUCACUGAACCCAAUCGUUUUGCAACUUAUCUACAUUGACAGCAUUCAUACCACUCGGCCGAUUGGUUUGCUACUGUGCGAGCAAAUUUGGCGUUCACGGGCUGAUGGAGUCGUUUCAGGAUGAGUUGUGCGAAGACGGACUGCAAGACCAAA